AGGCCGACCAACUAGGAUGGCGGCUGGAGUUGAUGCUCGCUUUGUGGCUCCGCUAGCGGACAGACACGUGUGUCCAGUUUGUCUCUUGGCAUUGAGAGAACCAACAGUCACUAAAUGCGGUCAUUUAUUUUGUAACGACUGUGUGAGGCCCUUGGCAAGGCGUGGCCGCAUUGUGUGUCCUGUAUGUAGAGAGGAACAGAAUGAAUCAGAAAUUUUCUCGAACAACUAUGAUAAAAGAGAAAUAAUGAGCCUGAAGAUCUACUGUGAUCAACAAGAGAAGGGAUGCAAGUGGAAAGGAGAACUAAGGGAGAGAGAAACACACAACGAGACUUGUGGGUAUGUUGAUGUUCUAUGCAAAAAUGAAUGUGGAGAAAUGGUGAUGGAAAAAGAUAUGGAAAGUCAUAGGAAGAAAACGUGCAUGAACAGGCAAGUCAAAUGUGUCCACUGUAAGACCAUAGUGACAUUCAAAUGUCUGAAUGAUCAUCAUGCACAAUGUGAGAUGUCUCCAGUCGCAUGUGAAUUUUGUAGACGACAAGUGCGUAGAGGAGAGAUGAAUGAACAUGUCAGUAAGGAUGGAACAUGCCCUAACAGUCCAUUAGAAUGUGAAUUUAGUGAAGCGGGUUGCCAGUUUAUUGGCAACAGGAAAGAAUGGAAGAAUCAUAUAGAACAUGACACCGUAUUUCAUCUGAUUCUCUUGAUGAAACAUCAAUCCAGAACCAAGGCUUUACUCUCAGCCACCAAGUCAUCACUUGAGUCAUCACUCUCGGCCACUGAGUCAUCACUUACAGCCACCAAGUCAUUACUUUCAUCCACAAGAGCUUGUCUUGCUAAAAAGGAAUGUGAACUUGAGAACUUGAAAUCAUUUGUUACAGAGAAGGUUGGAAUGCCCGUUUCUCAACCUGACAUUUGUGUGUUUGAGUGGAAUAUAACCAAUUGGUCAAACUGCAAGAUGAAAUCAGAGGUGGAUCCAACGUACGGCACACUGUCAAAGCCAUUUUUCACAAAACCAAAAGGGUACCGUUUGCGUCUCAUGCUUUAUCCAGCUGGACAUGACGAAUGUAAAGGGUCUCAUGUCUCUGUUCAUGUUUUGGUGUAUGCACGAGAGUAUGAUUAUGAUGUUAAGCUUCCCAAGCGCCAGCACUGCAAAUUCUCAUUCACUUUACUAGACCAACAGCCUGAUGCAAUGAAUGUCGUUGUAAGACAGGAGAACACACUUGAUCUUAUCCCUCGGCCACAGACUAUGUUAAUAACAGAGGAUCGUGAACAUGCUUUGCAAGUUAUUCCUUACACGAAAUUAGAAACCAUCGAUGACUUUAUAAGUUAUGAAAAAUUAAACUCACGAUCCUACAUUCAGAAUAAUGAAAUUUUUAUUCAGUUUUGUCUUCAACUCAACUUGCCCUAAUUUCAAUGUGAGCAAGACUUGCAAUCAUCAAUUGUGGUGAAGUGAACACGAAUUUAUUUUGUGCUGUGAUGGUUAGUAGUUUGUAAUGUAUUGCUACAGUUUUAUAUCAAAGUGAAUGUUUGUGAUACUUUUAUGAACAUUAUAUUUUCUAAUACCCCUGCUAUUAUGUCAUUGUCUGACUUGGAGUGAGUUUGUAUGUAUCAAUGUUUUCUGUGCAUUGAUCUUAGCAAGAAAAUCUGAAACACAA